AUGCCUGGAUUCCAGGAGGUGACACCUUGGCCUGACGCCCGCUUCCUUCCCAUUUCGAAAGAAGAUCUAAAGCCGUUCCUUGAGAAUAUUCCAGGACGGCGGUUCAUUAAAAGUCACCUGCCGUUAGACGGCUUACCCUAUUACCCGGAAGUGAAAUACGUGAUUGUCGGCCGCGACUGCCGAGAUGUUUUCAUGUCUUUCUUCAAUCACUAUUCCAACUACACAAAAAUCGCGAUGGAUAUCUACAACUCGCCGGAUGCGGUAGGCGACGAUCUACCUCCGUGCCCUGAAAAUCCUCGUGAGCUUUGGCAGAACUGGAUGACUCGAGGCUGGUUUGAAUGGGAAUCAGAAGGCUAUCCCUUCUGGGCUAACCUCGGUCACACGCAGAGCUAUUGGGAAUAUCGUCACUUACCGAACUUCUACUUCAUGCACUACAACGACAUGCUUGAUGAUCUCGAAAGCUCAGUCAAAGGACUUGCUGAAUUCCUGGGUGAAAACCCAGCCCCUGAACAUCUGGCACAAGUGGUUGAAAACACCACCUUCAAGAAUGUCAAAGCCAACGCUAUCAAGAUGGAUAAAGAGGGCGAUCCGCGCGGCAUCUUUUUUAAAGGCGGGGCUGAAGGCUUCUUUUUCAAAGGCACCAACGGCCGGUGGCGGGAUGUACUGACCGAAGAAGACCUGGCGUUAUACGAAGACACCAAGCAACGCGUGCUGGCACCGGAUUGCGCAAAAUGGCUGGAACAAGGCAUCGGUGGUUUCCUUAUUGAUGAACAGGACAACACCGUACAGGCGGAAAGGUAUCUGGCUAUCGCCUUCAUAUCGUCAUUAUACAUAGCGACGUUCUUCAGCGAACACCUGCGCCGUCAUAUCGACUGGGUCGUUUGCGCCAGUGCUAGCGCAGCCCUCUUAGUCUUCUGUGUGUUUCUGUACGAAAAAAAUCUGGAUGUCACCAGCACAGUGUCCUGUUUUGCCAUGGUAUUUGUUGGGUGUCUCACCAUCAGAAAGCGCCUGCCUUUGGUUAUCUGGUCCGCGCUGAGCAUUGCGAGCCUGUCAGCCUCCUCGUUGCUGGUUAAACAACCCGAAAUGCUGCCACUCGUAUUCAUCAUCUGCGUGUCUGUCAUCAUCAUUGGAACAUCUGCAUUGGUGUAUUUUUUAGGACAGAACAUGUUGGCGCGCGAGCAGAGUGACGUGCUCAGCGAUGCGGUGUUCGCCCAAUCUACAGACGGCUUAGUAUGUGGACACAUUUCAAAUCUGAAAGUGCUUCGCGCCAACAAAAGCGCGGAAAGACUUUUCGAAACUGACGACUGGUCUGUGCUGGUUAACUGCAUUCAACAAAGCUAUUUUACCGCUUUCAAAGACGCGGCAUCUCGACCGAAACUGAGAGAGGUGGUACGCAGCGUCUGGUCAGCAGAGAUCGAAUUCAGAACAGCCGAGGGCAAUCUUUUCUGGGGCAACCUUGCAUUGGUUGGGCUCAAAGAACAUUCAGAUCUGAUUCUGGUUCGCGUCACCGAUAUGCGCGCGACCAAAGCGCGGGAACAGGAGCUGGAACAAGCCAAACUGGCAGCAGAGACGGCAACACAAGCGCGAACUCAGUUCCUGGCCAACAUGAGUCACGAGAUACGAACCCCUAUGAACGGCGUUAUUGGCAUGACGUCUUUACUGCAGAAUACCCGCAUGGACCAGGAACAAGCGAGCUAUGUAGACACCAUUCGAUCCAGCGGCGAAUCUCUGCUGGUGAUCAUCAACGAAAUCCUCGACUUUGCCAAGAUAGAGGCUGACGAGAUAGAACUGGAAGUGAUGCCCUUCGAUCUGGAACAUUGCAUUACGGACUCUAUUGACGUUGUCGCUAGCCUGGCAGCUCAGAAAGACAUAGAACUGACCCUGGACAUAUCACCUGAUGACCUCGGCUAUAUCCUAGGCGACGGGUCACGCUUAAGACAAGUGUUAGUCAACCUCCUGUCCAACGCAAUAAAAUUCACAGAACAUGGUGAAGUGACUAUAAAAGCGCAGGUCGAUCGGAAAACAACCGGUAAAAAGGAUGUAGCCAGCACAAUACACUUCGCGAUUAUCGACAGUGGGAUUGGCAUUCCACAGCACAAAAUCGAUACUUUGUUCGAACCGUUCACCCAGGCAGAUGCUUCCACAACACGACGCUUCGGUGGCACCGGUCUCGGCCUGUCCAUCUGCAAGAAUCUCGUUGAAAUCAUGGGCGGCGAAAUUUCCGUCUCCAGCAAGCUGGACGCGGGUUCCACGUUCAGCUUCUAUAUCAGCGCGCCAUGGACAGCGGUCGAAAGCUGGCAGGAAUUACCCAGACUGCACGGCCAAAGAGUGCUUGGCGUGGAUGACAAUUCUACUAACCGGAAAGUACUGCAGGGCCUGCUGGAAUGGUUUGGCAUGUCCGCGACCCUGUUCAGCCACCCGUCAGACCUAGUGGAUGCUUACAAACCCGGCUGCUGCGACCUGAUCAUCACGGAUAUGUCGAUGCCAGAUAUGGAUGGCGAAGACCUGCUCGAGGUAUUGCGCAGCCAGCAUGAAGAACUUGUGCCUGUUGUUCUGCUCACCUCAUUGGAUCGGGGUGACGUUGACUGGUCACAGUUUACUCAGGUUCUACGCAAACCGAUCCGCCCUACAGACUUGUUCAAUGCUUUAUUGCGGGCCUUCGACCACACUGCAGAACCCGCCAGCGCCUACUCGCCAGACGAAAGUAUCGCCGACCUUCAGGAGAUUGCGGUGCUGGUUGCAGAAGACAACGUCGUGAAUCAAACCGUUGCUCGCCAGAUUCUGAAAAAACUGGGACUUCGGGCGGAUAUUGCCAGCGAUGGUUCCGAAGCGGUGAAAAUGUUGUGUGAUCAAACUUAUUCCAUCGUCUUUAUGGAUGUACAGAUGCCAAAUGUAGAUGGCCUGGAGGCCACCCAGAUCAUUCGCGGCACAGACGACCUUACUCAGCCCUACAUUAUCGCAAUGACGGCCAAUGCCCUGGCUGAGGAUCGUGACGCGUGUAUCGCCGCUGGUAUGGAUGACUUUGUUUCAAAGCCUGUCAGCAUUGCAGAUGUGAAAAGUGCCCUGCUGCGCGCGCUGGAACACGAUGGGGUCAGUAAAAUGAGGCGCAGUACCGCUAUUUCUGAAGGCUGA